CUGUCACUGUGAACAUGGCGGCCGAGGGUGAUUUCCUGAUGCGCUAUCGAGCAGUAUCUAAUAAAUUAAAAAAACGAUUUCUUCGAAAGCCAAAUGUUGCUGAAGCCAGCGAACAGUUUGGUCAGUUGGCCAAAGAGCUCAAACAGCAGGACUGUCUGCAGUAUGCUGCCUUUUGCAACCUGGCUAUGGCAAGGUGUGAGCAGACCUUGUUCAAUGCCCCCGGAGAGGCCCUGGCUCUGACAGAAGCUGCCCGUCUGUUCUUGCUCUCAGAGCGAGAGAAUCGCUCACUUCGAGCCCCAGGCUUUGAUGAACAUCUCCAGGCUGCCCUCAACUGCUACAGUUUCGCAAUCAAGGUGUACAUAGAAAUGAACCAGCCAGUGAUGGCUGCUAGCCUCUCUCUGGAGCUAGGAAAUGCUCUCAAGGAGAUGAACAGACCUGGGGAGGCCAUCGUUCACUAUCAGAGGGCAGCAGAGCUGCAGACGCAAACCCCGAUUGAGUCUCUUCUUUCUCUCGGGGAGAUGGCCUCCUGCAAAAUUCUGACUCGUGAUUAUGAUGGCGCGCUGGCAGUGCUGACAGAGAUGCAGUUCAUGUGCCAGGAGAGGGGGCUGCAGCUGCCUGGCACCAACACUCCCGUUGGUGCAUUUUUGGAUAUCGUGGCUAGAUGUGAGAUCUCCCGAGUGCUUCUGCUUAUGCUGCUGGAGCCUCCUCCUCAGAAAUUGUUGCCAGAACAUGCUCAGACACUGGAGAGAUAUGCCUGGGAAUCCUUCGAUUCUCACAGCCAGGUGACGUUCCUCCCUGAGAAUGUCUUCCUGCUUCUGCAGUCAGUGGUGAUGGCCUGUCAGGAGAAAGAUACAGAAUCACUGAAAUCUCUGCAGACUGAAUUGUGGCCUCUUCUUUCUGCGGAGCAGAACCACUUGCUUCACCUGGUGGUGCAGGAACGCAUUUCCCCAUCAGGGCAGGGGAUUUAGCACUGGGCCCGCUGGACUCUUCUCCACUCCUUCCUCGGCUCAUAACACCCAUCCCCCUCUUAACUUUCACAUCAUGGAACAUUCCUGUCUCUCACAUGGUCAGUUCCGGGAAAAGCCAAACAGAGUCUACACAGAUCUUACUUUAACAUUAAUCACAGUUAAUACAGUGAUGAUCUGGCUCCCUCCAGUGAAGGACAUCGUCUGGGUUAUUAUACAUAAUGGCAACCAGCAUUUCUCUCGACUGGACCAAUCCUAUUUGAGGCUCCUGGUAAUACUUCUCUCUCUGCAGAGAAGUAUUUCUUAUUGCAGC